AUGGGACACUUGAAGAUACUUUUAUCAGCUAUGAGUGGCCAGGGCCAUGUCAAUGCUAUCCUUGGACUUGCUGCCAUCCUUAAACAACAUAACCACGAGUUAAUAUUUGCCCUUUCACCGGCUUGGGAAUCGUCAAUUAAAAGUAGAGGAUAUCAGUUUGAAAGUUUACAGUUUGAUCAAGUUGAAGAUGAAACUAAAGGUGAAGAUAAAGCUCCGAAUGAAAGUUUUCUUGACUUUAUUAAAAACCAAUUAGAGAUUCUGAGAAAGGAACCCAUGGAAGGUUUAGAAUACUUUGAUGAUGAAAAGUUAAUCUCGUCAUAUGCUGGAUGGUCGACUGAAAUGCUGGCAUGUGAUAAGCCCAUUGAAAAGGCAAUUGAUUCGAUCAAACCUGACCUUAUAAUAGUUGACUUUGCUGUCAGAUUACCAUGUCUAAUCAAGACAAAAGUACCUUGGAUUCAAUUGUGGUCUUGCAAUCCAGUUGCUAUUUACAAAGAUUUAUGUCCACCUGAAGGAUCUGGUCUUUCAGUUUACUCUCCAAAGGAAAAAUGGACUCAAUUCAGGAAGUUAUAUUCAAUAAAAUAUAAACGCCUUCGUGAAAAGUUUAACCAAUUCAUGAUAAAAUCAGGUGUUGAGCCUUAUGGAGAUUAUGAUUCUUUAUACUUGCAUGAAUCACCAUACAUGAAUAUUUACAAUUAUCCUGAGGCUUUGGAUUAUACCGAUGUUGCUCCUCGACCAGAUAAAUGGUAUCGAAUGGAUGCAGUUAUUCGUGAACCCGAUGAUAAAGAGCCUUUCAAAGUACCAGAAAAUUUAAUCAAUAAACCAGGAAAGCUUAUCUACUUUUCCCUUGGCUCAAUGGGAUCGGUUGAUUUGGAUUUGAUGAAAAGAGUUAUCGGAUGUUUAGCCAAAUCUCCUCAUCGUUUCAUUGUAUCCAAAGGACCACAUCACAAACAAAUUGAUUUACCAGACAAUAUGUGGGGUGAUCGAUACGUUAAUCAAAUUGGUAUUCUUCCGCAUGUUGAUUUAGUUAUAACUCAUGGUGGUAACAAUACACUAACAGAGAGUCUAUAUUUUGCCAAACCCAUGAUUGUUAUGCCUCUAAUUUAUGAUCAACAUGAUAAUGCUCAGCGAAUUGUGGACAAAAAAUUGGGAAUCCGGAUUCCAACAUACAAGUUUGCUGAUGACCAACUGCUAAAUGCCAUUGAAGAAUUGAUCAAUGAUGAAAGUUUGCAUGAAAAACUAAAGAAAAUAUCAAAUGAAAUGAGAAAUACAAAGAUUAAUGAAACUGUUGUCAAGCUCAUUGAGCAAGUUGGUAUCAAAAAAUAA